AUGCUGCCGGACAUCCAUCUUCUCUGGGAACUCGUUCUCACCGCAGCACCCAUCCUCGUGUUCUCGUCGACGCCUGCACUGUGCAGCCGCACGGUGCUCACGCUCAGCACCAUGAUUGCCCCGCUCGAGUUCUGCGGCGACUUUCGGCCCUUCUUCACCAUCACGGAUCCAGACUGCCGGCACUACGCGGCGAAGACCGCUGGGGACAGGAGUGGCAGCGCCGUGCAGCACUCAGCCCUCCUCGGCGUCACAAACCCGUACUUUGAGAAGGAGUACAGCCACUGGGAGACGUGCAUCCACGUGCCACAAACGUUUGGGCCAACAAGCGUGCCGCAACGAAGGCCACGGCGGUCGCACACCAGCGACACUGCGCUUAAUGAAAUCAGUGGGGGUGAUGCCAUGGGUUUGGAAAGUGGUGCAGGAAGGUGGGUUGUUGGCGAGAGAGGCGACAGGACAGGGAAGGCAGGCAGGCGCGAAAGGCGAAGAAAGCGGACCACACACGGCCCUCGCGGUGGUGGUGAUGGUGGUGGCGAUGACGAUAAUGACAACGAUGAUGAUGAAGGUGGUGACAAGGAUGACGAUGACAACAGCGACAGAGGUGAUUGGAGUGAUGGCAGUGAUGAUGACACGUGCGCGUUUCGCAUGGGCAGCAGUGGCGCCUUUCAUGAUGACGAGGAUGGUGAUGAGGAUGGUGGCUUUAUGGCGGGUGAUGCCGUGUCAAGCGAUCUCACAACGGCAGCGCCAAUCGACCGCUUCACAGUUCGUUUGCCAACACGGCCACCACCCCCUUCAUCGUCAUCGCCUUCAGCACCGUCACACGUGGGCACUGGUGCAAUGGUGUCGGGAACAGCGCUGAAGGUUCACCCGGGCAACCUUGCCGGCACGAGUGCGGGGCUGGGCGCACUGUCUCUCAACUCUGCGGAAGAAACGGACGAAGACGUGCUUGCACGCACGACGACAGCAAUCCACGGCAGUUACACGAGCACAGCGGAGCUCAAGUCGCAAUCGCGCAGCCGUGGGGCCAACGCACGUACCCACGGAAUGAGUGGUCGUCAUGGUGGCCAUCGCGGUGGUGGUGUGCGCACGCUGCACAAGGGAUUGAGCGACUCUGCGGCAACAUCCACGCCCGCUGUCGGCGACGGCAACAGCGGUGGCGGUCUGUCGCCAUUUGGCGUCGCAUCAGCAGAGGAGCUCAAGCACACAAAAGCCGUCAUUCCUCUCCGCCCUGUCCGCAGCCCCCAUAUGGGCGGAGGCAGUGGCGGUGGCAGUCGUGCUAUUGGAGGCAACAAGCGCUCCCCGGUGCUUGGGCGCACGCACAGCCGCAAGCCACAAGCUGGGGUGAAAUCGAGUGCAAGAGUGUUCCUGGAAUGCGAUCAUCGCCUUGUGUGUACGCUGCUCAAGGAGAACCCACAGAGUGUUCGCGAUUUCAUUCAAGCGGGCAAAGCUGUGGAGCAGUCGCUCGCAUCGCUCACGCGCACAUUCCUCAUUCCUCUUGACCAAUACGUUGCACGCCUCAUGCCGCUCAAGGACACCAUCUCGCCCUUCAAGGACAUUCCCCGCAUUGGGGAGUUCAACCCGGCCGACUUUCUUGCCCAUGUCAAGGAGAUGCUGAGUCGCUUGCGGGAAACGCGCGAGGGAGAUUGGCUUGGCCUCUACGACAAGUUCCUGCGCAGUCGCAACUUUCGGCAUUGGUGGACCAAGAAGCGCACUACUGUUGCAAAUGGCCUAACAAAGUUGUAUUUGUCCACGGUUGCUGAGCAGGCGCCCACCCUCAUCCCAACCCUAAAUGAGGUGCAUUCCAUCGACUUGCUACUUCGUGUCCGCGAAGCAAAGGCCGCGCUGAAGCACACAUCACUGUCCAGCAACCUGGCCAGCGCCGUGGACGCCACCAUCGAGCUCUUGAUCAACAACCUCCCUUCCGACACACGCCAGUCCAUGACAGUGGCCGCAAUCAUCUAA